AUGAUGGACCCUUUCACCGCCCUAGGCCUGGCAUCGGCCGUCCUUCAGUUCGUUGACUUUGGAUCGACCGUGUACGGGGAGUACAAGAGGCUUCGGAACGGCAGCCUGUAUGGCAACAAUGCUCGUGCCCUUCCCAAAUCGUUAGAAGCUGCACUCAAUGAUCUCACCAAUGUAAAUCGCAUCUUGAAAUCCACGCCAAGGCUAUACAAUCCAUCGGAAACAGAUAAUAUCCUAAUACAGCAUGAAGAAGCCAUCAACUUUCUCCUCGACGAAGCCACUGACAUAGCCGAAGACUUCCUGAACCGAUUACAGUGUGACCCGAACCGCUCCAGGUGGAACACCCUAGCGGAGGCCAUCAACUCCAUCAGGACGGAAAGUGAGCUGGACAGGUUCAAGGAGAAGCUCGACGGGUUCAAGCGGGACUUGGGCAUCCACGUGCUCGCCAUGGUGAACGCUAAAGUGGACCAUUACGGCAUGCAACACCAGUACGACCUUGCCCAGCAACGAGAGGAGAUCAUUCAGCUUCGACAGGACAUUCACUGCCUGAAGGAGAACAUCGUCAAGAUUGUAGCCUUCAACCAGAGCGGGAUCAAGUCGGGGAGUAGCACGCCAAUCUUUGAUCAGCAUGCAAGAUUGGCAGCCGAGGCGAAGCAGAGCGGUGGCCCGAGCCCGGUGAUUGUAGCUGCCAUGGUCACAUUAGCAAGUGGUGAGACGAGGUUCAUCCAUCCCAGUGGAAACGGAAAGGCCAUGGGAUUGGGCAUGGGGAUUAUGAGCGGCAGCGGCAACCAGUACCAACAAAUCGGGCAUUUCAGCCAGCGAUCGGGAUCGGAUUUCUUCCAAGACGGCAAAUUCGACACCGUAAUGCGACUUCACUCCGAUCCCGGGCUUAUGGGUCAACCGGCAGGAGCAGAAAUGGAAUACGUCCCCAGCAAAGACUUUGCGACCCUUAACAGAGCCGUCCUGGACAUGCUGCACUUCCGGCAAAUCACCGACCGAUUUGAGUCCGUCAAGACGCCCUACGAGAGCACCUUUUCCUGGGUAUUCGCCAACCCCAACAACCCCAACACCUUUGACAACAUUUGUAGGCCCUGGUCAAAUUUGUCAGCUUUUCUCGAAAGCAAAGAUGAAAAGGACAAGUGCUACUGGAUCAGAGGCAAAGCCGGCUCAGGCAAGUCGACGCUCAUGAAGUACAUCAUCAGUGACCGCCGCUUGCGACACCAUCUGCAACGAUGGGCGGGGCCAUCCGACGACUUGAUCUUUGCCAACUUCUUCUCCUGGCACUUGGGAGCAGACGACCAGCGGCUCAUCUCAGGCCUUAUGCGGUCGCUUCUCUAUCAAGUGUUCUGUGCCAGGCCAGAUCUAAUACCCACCAUCAUGCCCGAGAUGUGUCUUGAGGCUGCCAAGAGCCGCAACGGCCAGCUGGAAACACCAUCGGGCACGGAGCUGAGGAUAUGGUUCGAGCGGUUGCUGCACGCCACGGCGACGAAUGUCGGAAACUUCCGCCUGUUUAUUGCCAUUGACGGGAUUGAUGAAUUCCAGGGCGAUCCGGAGGAGCUACUCUACUUGAUCCGCAACACAAAGGGGGACAGAGUCAAGUACCUCGUCUCGAGCAGGCCGAUGCAAGCGUGCACCAAGGCUCUUGGGUCCUUUCCGAGUCUGAGGCUGCAGGACCUGACAGAGGAUGAUAUCCGACGGUACACUGAGGCGAUGCUGGGCGAGCAACUGCGCGACAGGGGCGGAGACGACUGGUUUAGGCUGGUGAACGAGAUUGUCAAGCGCUCCGAGGGCGUGUUCUUGUGGGUGGCGCUGGUGAUACGGUCGCUGCAGAAAGGGUUGCAGAAUCAUGAUACCCUGAAGGAGAUGCGGAAGAGGCUGGAUCAGCUGCCGAGCGAUAUCGAGAAGCUGUAUGGCCACAUGUUGAAAAAGAUACCACCAGAUUACAAGAAGAACGCGGCCAAGCUGUUCCGGAUCGUCAUGGCGAGCAUCGACAUUGAGCAGCAAAUCCGGGAGCACCCGAUUCUCGCGAUCCAGCUGUCGUUGGCCGAAGGCGUAUGGGACGAGGUCAAGCUGAUCCCGGAAGGAUCCCUCACCUGGGACCUGGAAGAGGUGAGAGUGCGCGACAUUGAAGCGAGAGUGAGCAGUCGGUGUCUGGGGCUGUUGGAAGUGCACACACGCAGGGACGACAAGACUCACAAACCCUACAUCGACUUUAUUCACCGCACCGCCGUCGACUUUCUGCGCGAUUCCCAGGUCGCAAUUGACUUCCUUUACGGCACUCUCAGUUCUGACUUCAACCCCCAAGCCUAUCUCGUCCGAUCUUGCUUGACCAUGGCCAGAAUCAUGCCCACCACCACGCUCUUCGAUGGCGACGUUGUCUGGGACAGCAUGCGCACCUGUCUCGAAUACGCCCGCAUAGCCGAGUACAAGAAACGGCCUGUCUUUGACGGUUAUUUGGACCGACUCGACCAGGCCAUGAGUCGGCACUGGUUCGCGGCCCUCUCCUCCACCGCGCCCUACAGCUCCUCGGUCGACAUCCAUCGCCUUCACCACUGGGCGCAAAAAGCGUCCUGGUUCUGGACCGGCCCCAAAGACGUCGACAUGGCCCGCGUCCAAGCCGAGUUCAACCAGUUCUGCUACCCUUCGCUUUACGUCAACAACGACCCAACGUCUAGCACCCUGGACGAAGAAAACCAGCGCCUCCUCCGCGAGAUCGACCUCGGUUUCCUGGUGGUGGCAGUCAUGUACUCCCUGCCCACGUACCUCCGCACUUGUCUCCACCGCCUCAAAGAAACCGAAGAGGAAAUUGAAGCGACCAUGAAGCGCAAAUCCACCCGCAAGACGCUCAUCAACAAGAUCGACAAGAUCAAGGGUGGGAAGCAGACCUAUGUCCCGCCCAAGGUCGCACACACGGCUACCAGGCUGCUGUUUCUCUGGGCGCAGCUCACGGCUGCUAGUAGCAACUUUUGCAUCGUGCCCUGGACCAAGCCGCAUGCGCGCGUGUGUCGGACGCUGCUGGAGUUUGGCGCGAACCCCAUGUGCGAGUUUACUUAUUCGAUAAGCGGCAAGCUGUCGGCGCACAGAAACGCGUGGGAGCUGACGAGCCAGGCGAUUCUGGUCUUGGUGCACCCAGCUUUGAGGAAGAAGAACUUGACGGAGCUGCUGCCGAAUCAGAAGGUGAGAGCGGUGCUGUGGAUUACCAACUUUUUCGUUAAGAACGGGGCCGAUAGGGGAAGUAAGGUGCCGAGCGUGCUGCUACACGGUGCCGGCAUGAAGAAUCUCGUGUUGGAAUGCCCUGGCCGAGCGAAGGACGAGGAGGCGACGCUGCUGGAGUGGUUGGAGCCGUACGCCAAGGGCCCCGCGACGAACGAGGUGGGCAAGAAGUUGGGCAUGAUUAUGCGCAAGACGCACAGGGUGCUCAAGGGCGUGCACAAGACGAAGGGGUGGAGGAGGAGAAAGAGCCGCAGGCCGAAUGGAGAGGGGGGAGACGACUUUGAAGAGGAUAGUGAUGAUUACGGGAGCGAGGAUGAUGACGAUUAUGAUGACGAUAGCGAUGACGAUGGGCGGUCGGUCAUCAUGCCGGCGAGUAGGGAUCGAGGCGAGCAGAUGAUCAUCAGGAAGCCGCUACGGAGAGCAGGGUCCGGGGACACGUUGCUGGAGGACGCGAUGGACGAUAAGCCGUUGCCGCCGAUUCCCCGGGAGAACUCGAUUCUCAGUACGCAGCCGAGUUUGGGCGAGAUUGUUGAUGAGGAUUACAGCAGGGCGAAGACGCCGGUUAUGCAUCAUCAGGCAUUGCCCGACACCCCUCCGCCGUCGGCACCGGAUGAGAUUUUCUUCCUUCCCACAGCAUCCUUUGUCGAUCUACCCAACUCGACGCCCCCCAGCCCAACCGGGACCAUCUCACCGAUUCUGCCCCGGCCCGAACCCGAGCCAGAGGUGGCACCGACCCCUCCUCCACGCCCACAUGAACCGACGCCCGAAAUGCAACCAACCCCUCGCUUCCCCGACCUCCCUCGCAUGCCCCUCUCACCACUAUCGCAACGCUUCCCCCUCUCACCACUCUCCCAACGCUUUCCCCUCUCCCCUGUAUCCCCCCGCAUGCCACUCUCUCCCCUUUCCCCACGAACGCCCGUCGCCCCGUCCCCCGCCGACUUCCUCUUCCCGGCCGCCUUCCGCGCCGUCGCCCACCACCGUCGCCAAACCGAGCCCUUCCCCGGCCUCGGCAUCAACCCUUCCCAAGCGACCCUCGUCGACCCCAACUCGGACGACGUCGAAGACCUCUACCCCGACGUCAACCCGUACAACCGCGCACCACCUUCCCCUUCGCUCUCCCGACGCUCCUCCACCGAAACCCUCGUCGAGCCCAAAGCGCCGCAUUACACGCGCGAAUCGCUCAAGAAGCCCGACAUGGAACGCCCCGUGCACCCGCUCGAGCUCGCAAUGCAAAGCGGCGACCUCUCCGACGAUUCCGAUUCCGACUCAGAAGCCGAGACGGUCCGCGGCCGCCAACGGCCCGGGAGACGCGAUCGGUCGAAUACCAUGACGACCAGCACGACGAGCGCAACGACGAGCACGACUGCCACAACAAGCACGACCACGGGUAACAGACAUCGCGAGGCGCGGGAGCUGAAGCGCCAGAAGCAAAAAGAGGAUAAAGAAAGGCGCGAAAGGGAGGCGAGUCGGGCGGCAAGAAAGUUGCCCGAGCCCAAGAGCGGGAAGCAGGGGUAUGCAAAGUAUUUGGGCCAGACGGGGGCCAAGGCGGCGGCGGUGGUGCCGCAGAAGUUGUUCAACCUGGCGUUUUGGGUGGGCGAUUGGUGCAAGAGGGCGUAUGGACGGUGUUCGUGGGUGGUCAAGAUUCGGUGGUAG